AUGUCAACAGACGAUAUGCAGAGUGGAUCAAUUAUGCAUUUCCAUGCACGUAUGGGACACCUGUCCCUUGAGACGAUUGAGCGAAUGGAAAAGACACCUGGUUUGGGUAUCACGAUUACAAACCACACUCGGACCGUUUGUAAUUCGUGCAAAGAAGGAAAGCAGACGAAGAACAAACAGUCCCGGGCGGACACCGGUAAAAAUGCGCCUAUUGAUCGGGUCGACAGAGUGAUUUGCUCGGACUUGAAAGGUCCGCUAACUCCAAGAGAUCGACUCGGUAAUUGCUACCUAGCUAAUUUCGUCGACCACAAGUCGAACUACUGUCGCGUUUUCCUAGCACCGACGAAGGACAAGGCUGAAAAAAGAUUCGAGGACUUCGUGCUGUUUUUCGAGCGCAUGUUCGAGUGCAAGAUACACAUCUUGCGAACCGACGGAGGAGGCGGGUACAAGAAUGUCGAUCUGUUCUGCCAGCUCACAGGAAUUGCGCGGCAAAUAAGCGAAGCAAGAAACCAGGCGUCCAACGGCAAAGCUGAGCGCAUGCAUCGGAGAUACUUAACACGGCACGCAGCAUGA